GCUGAAUAUUUGUAGUUUCCUUCGUUUCCGUCGCGAUCAGACACCAAUUUCGUGAGAUUUCACUCUUUCGGACCCAGUUGUUAAACAAAAGUCGUAGAUAAUUUCAUCCCUUGUACCUUAAGAGCGUAUGAGAAGUUAAGGGUUUUCAACAAGUUGAGUGGUACCACUAAUAAUUUACAAAAUACUGUAAAAGUGGUAAACAAAAUUCACUUAUGUCAGUUAGUAUAUAAGGUUCCUAAUUUCUUCCGUUUGAAAAGCACUUUCGAGAAAUGACAAUUGUGAUAAUCGUGUGUUCAUAUUGCUUCAGUUUGAAUAAGUGUGGAGCAGUUUUCAAAAAUUGUACAUCGUGGUGAAUAAAUCAACCUUCUUGAGUGAGCUGUAUUUUCCAUUUUAGUGAAAACCUGUAACCCUUUCUUGUAUCGAGAUAAUAUCUUGUUGAAACCCCGAUUGAGGAAUAUCUGAUAAUAACGGAAAAGGAUCCACAUAUCCAGCCUCUCAAGUUUGGAGAACGUUCCCAGCAUGUCAGCACCAUCCACACUAUUAGUGCCGUAGAAAACCGGAGACUUCAACGCCUGUGUGUGGUCCUUCUUGCUGCUGGAAUCAGCGAGUUCAGUGGAUCCCUUCUUGACCGGGGGACCUUGGGCGCACGCAGUGGGUUAUUUCAUUCUAGAGAUUGAGAUCGAGGAUACAAGGCGAAGAGGAAGAACAAAAAGAGAAAAAGAAAGAGGAAAAUGGAGUGAAGCAAGACAAACCAUCCGCUUGAGACAUAUGAUACUUCCCUAAGGGUUUUCCGUUCAAGAAUACACUCAAAACAAAGGACCAACCAAUUUCUACCUGAUCAAUUUGGGAGGAUGUUGCUCCGAAAUCAACCCCCAUGCCGUCGCUGUCGACUUCGUCGGCGACAAGCUUUCGCCGUUUUGGGAAGUAAUAAUCACAGAAGUCUAAAUGUCUGAGCCAGGAUUAUCAUUUCAAAAGUUCGAAUCAGCAGAUACUUGCAAAAAAAUAAGAGCCACGUGGGUGUUCAACGCUGUUUCUUGAUACCGAGUCCCUUAUACAUAUUCUAGUCCCAGAAAAAGUGAUACUUUCGUAUCUCUCCUUUCUCCACUUGCAUACUACAUACAGUGCACAAUUUUCUUUAUUUUUCCUUGCCAGAGUUUGUGUCACGCGAGCAAGUGAAUGGAACGGAAACAAAAUCGAUGUGUAGUGUGACUUUUAUCUUUAAACAAUUGAUAUAUCGUGGAUUAAUCUUCUUUGGAUGUCACAGCAUGGGGGAAAUGAGUGUAACAGUGAGCAGUACAGGUUCGAGUAGCACUAAUAGUGUAAAUCCUAGUAUAAACGACAUGGACUGGUUUGCUGGGGUGGCGGAAGAGGAGUUAUUUUAUUAUACUGGGGGUAUCGAUAUGGAUUCUUUAUGGGCUGUGAUAGGAAGUUUUGUUCCACCUCCACCUAGACCGCCUUAUCUUCCUGAGGAAGGUAUCGCGACAGAUGGACUUACCACCUGUGACCUUUGUUCCUGGGCAUUGAGAAAUGACAGGCAUUCUUUCUCUCUCGAUGGUACUCUCGAGGCACCUGGCGAACUCGGAUGGGUCCUGACCUUGGUGAUCGUAUCUCUAGUGUCAGCAGGUAUCGGCGCUGUCGUCAUGGUCACGCUUCUUCAUUGCCGAAGACUUAAAAGUACCGGUGGCAGAGCAAGUUGCUUUGGCAUUGGCGUCGAAGAUGAAACCAACCAUGAAUCUGGGAAUCUAAGUGGUGGAGGUGCAGGUGGCGGUGGCAUUUCCGUGAUACCCGAUAGACCGCCACUCGAGUUAGAUAAAUUACCACCUUAUCAUGAUGUCGCGCCGAGUCCUGGUCAUAAUGUGUGGUCCUGGUUGGGUUCAAGGCGUGGUGGUGGUGCACCGGGUGUCGUCGCGACACCCCUUUCGCUGCCACAACACCGACGAGCAAUGAAUCUCCCGGUGGAGAAUCAUUACACUCACAUGCAAACCGAUGAGGCUCUGUACGCUGAACUGGACUCUCAGGCGACCAGUUAUGCCAGUGAUCUACAACUACAAAUACGAGGAAGCUCCACGUACGGUACAACUUCCGGUGGCCAGGAUGAUGAGUACCACGAAUUGGAUGCAGCGAGAUUACAUCGUCAUUAUGGUGAGGGGAAUGGUGACAGCACGCUCCCGAGAGAUGCUCUUCGUACACGACAUAGUCAAAGGUUACGGGAACCAGAUUAUGAGAUGUACGAAAAUGGUCCUACGACCCCUGUACCUCCUAAUCAACUUCCACAUCAUCAUCAUCACCAUCAUCAUAACUCGCCGAUGCGAAUCAAUGGGGCUCCUGGCGAACAUCCAUCCUACCAAAACACGGCAUAUACUGGAAGUGACGCCGAACCUGAUGGACCAACGUUAAGCAGUGCACCAAGUAGUGCAUAUUAUAGUGAUCUUAGUUCCAAUUCAACCAAUCAACAAAUGCCACCGCCAGUCCUUUCAGCGACAACUCUCACCCUUAAUCCACAAACAUUAGAAAGCCCACAAUACAGGCUAGCCGCGAUAAACGAAACCACAGUGUCAUCGGAUUACAUUUAGAAUUCUGUUAAGGAGCGUAUAAACUUUGAUCUUAUCCUACUCUUGACCAAGAAUUACCUCGCCAUUUCCUUCUUUCUUUCCUAAAAAAGAAAACAAGAAAUUGUCCCGGCGUACGUUUUUCACCUCGAAAUGUCGCCCAUAAAAGGCGCUAGUUGGACGCAUGUGAUCCUGGUCAGUGUAUUAUCUAUCGACGCGUUUGGAGAUCAAAGAAAUAAGUCACGUAUGUGACGAUUUUCUAAUUGAAUAGAGGAAAUAGGUACUGAUUGUAAAUAGUUGAAGAAUUAAAAUUUAGAGUCAACUUUGUAAAAAGAGAACUUGUAUUUUACGGUUGAGUGAAAAUCAAUUUAAAUUAUUUGUAUAAGUGUGUAUGUUGUGUGUGAGUGAUGGUUUCUUUACCAAACUGCUGGUAGGUUUAUUUAAGAAGAGAGAGAAACAGAGAGGACAAUAGAGAGUUUUAGGGAUGGCCACAAAAUCCAUAUUUUUACGGAAAUAAGAACAUCUCCUGCGCAAUAGGUUUCUGGCAUGUGGUAUUUAAAAUCAUUUAACCAUCAUAAUUCUUGAACUUUUUAACCGUGAAACUUUAUAUUGUUUUUGAAAACUUCUGCCCGCGGCCGUUUCUGCGACAUAUGAACAAAGAUUAGAUCCCGACAGAGGCGUAAAUUUAAGAGUUCAGUUCUGCAAAACCCAUUGAUGUUUAAUUCGCUGCAAAGUAAUUUAACAGUAUCACUUCUUCUAGACUCAAGCUAUCCCGCUUGAGCGAAAUUACGCAGAUUAAAGAUAAUCAGCUUUAUCGCCUCGGUCCUAAACACUGAAAUUACGAAAUUUCCAGCAAUCGUAAGUGCAGCGGCUACUAGCAGUAAUUAUUGUGAAUAUUAAUAGAACUGAUAAAUUUGUUGAAAAGAAUUAACGCUAAUAUUUUUGCAUCUUUAUAUAACUUUUUGUCCGAAAGACUUCUUGCCAAAAAAAGAUGAUAGUGAGAAAAUUAGACCUGAAUCACUUCUUAAAAUGUAUUUAGUAUGACCUUCAAUGGAGUAUGUUCAAGAUUAUAAUUGCAAAACAGAUUGUAAGUAAACUAGAAUGUUCAAUUCUUCCAUUAAAAAUUUAAAUCU